CCAUGGUGUCCCCCUCCAUUCCCCAAACCCAAACGACGGAGACCCACUACUCCGAGCCAUCAAGAACACACACACAUCCAGAAAGCCUAAUCCAAUCCAAAAGCCCUAAUCACCCAGACUCCAUCUCUGUGAGGUUUGAGAGAGGUAGGUGAGCCGUAGAUCUGAGCGAGUUCUUGGGUCUUCCAGCAGGUAGAUCACUUCAUCUGAGGAUCAAUCUUUUUUUUUUUCCUUUGUUUUUGAGCUUCUGUUGGUGUACAGGACAGAGAGUUCCAGAGCCUUUUAGUUUCUGGUGUUCUGAUCUGUUCUUGGUGUAAGAUUAUUGGUCUGAUUUGGUAGCCAAGAGGGUUAAUUUUUUCCACACCUCCUUGUGCUAGUUAGCUUAGCUUAUACCCCCCUUGUAAAGUGAUUAGUAGAUCUAGAACUUCUCUUUUCGUCUGCCAGUUCUUGGAUUUUGGAAAGAACAGGUGGUUUGUUAUUCAGAUUUUUAGGUUAGAAAAAAUCCACAAAAAAAAAGAUAUUCGAUGGCAGCUGCUAUAGAAGGAAAUCUGAUGCGGGCGCUGGGAGAGGCUCCGUCGCCGCAGAUGCAGAAGAUCGCGCCGCCGCCGUUUCAUCCCGGCUUGCCGCCGGCGCCGGCGAACUUCUCCUCGGCCGGAGUCCACGGGUUCCACUACAUGGGCCCGGCCCAGCUCAGCCCGGCCCAGAUCCAGCGCGUCCAGGCCCAACUCCACAUGCAGCGGCAGGCCCAGUCGGGGCUCGGCCCGCGGGCCCAGCCCAUGAAGCCCGCUUCGGCGGCUGCUCCGGCGGCGGCGGCGGCGCGGGCGCAGAAGCUGUACCGCGGCGUGCGGCAGCGGCACUGGGGCAAGUGGGUGGCGGAGAUCCGGCUGCCGCGCAACCGCACCAGGCUCUGGCUCGGCACCUUCGACACCGCCGAGGAGGCGGCGCUCACCUACGACCAGGCCGCGUACCGCCUCCGCGGCGACGCGGCGCGGCUCAACUUCCCGGACAACGCCGCGUCGCGGGGCCCGCUCGACGCCGCCGUGGACGCCAAGCUCCAGGCCAUCUGCGACACCAUCGCCGCGUCCAAGAACGCCUCAUCCAGGUCCAGGGGCGGCGCCGGCAGGGCCAUGCCCAUCAACGCGCCCCUGGUCGCCGCGGCGUCGUCGUCCUCCGGCUCCGACCACUCCGGCGGCGGCGACGACGGCGGCUCGGAGACGUCGUCGUCGUCUGCGGCGGCGUCGCCGCUGGCGGAGAUGGAGCAGCUGGACUUCAGCGAGGUGCCGUGGGACGAGGCGGAGGGGUUCGCGCUCACCAAGUACCCGUCGUACGAGAUCGACUGGGACUCGCUGCUCAACAACAAUAACUAGCUCUUCUCUUCCAUAGCCCGCCAUUGCCGGCCGGCGCAGAUGAGGUUUUAGGCAUUCUGCGCGGCGGCGAGGCGAUGGAUUAUAUGUUCGUUCUUGUGUAGAUCCUUUUCUUUUUGUGUUGGUUUUUUAGGUUCCGGAGGCUGCUCGCCGGCGUCGUUUUUGUGUCCGGCGUCUCCGAUGUCUAGUAAGCAGUGACUCGUUAGUGUAGUAGUUGUACAACUCUACAAAUGUACAAAUACUUGUGCAUGUAGGUUGUUGUAAUCAAUUGUUGGUAACUACCUGUAAUAGAACUACUGUGAAUUAACUGUAUUAAUGUGCAAAUCUUCAUCGAUCUUUCAGUUGUAAAA